AUUUGUUUUAAUUCUUUUUUUUUUUUAUUUUUUUUUAUGUUAAUUAAUUUUUUUUUUUUUGUUUAUUUUAUUAUAAAUGGCUUAUCUGUAUUUUUUGAAUGGGAGAUUAUUAGUUUUAAUUCUAUAAGUAUUGUAAUAUCAAUUUUAUUAGAUUGAAUGUCUUUAUUAUUUAUAAUAUUUGUUUCUUUAAUUUCUUCUGUUGUUAUUUUUUAUAGAAAAAGAUAUAUAAAUUCUGAGUUAAAUUUAAAUCGUUUUAUUAUUUUAGUUUUAAUAUUUGUAUUUUCUAUAGUUUUAUUAAUUAUUAGUCCUAAUUUAAUUAGAAUUUUAUUGGGUUGGGAUGGUUUAGGUUUAAUUUCUUAUUGUUUAGUAAUUUAUUAUCAAAAUUUAAAAUCUUAUAAUGCUGGCAUAUUAACUGCUUUAUCUAAUCGUAUUGGUGAUGUUAUAAUUUUAAUGGUUAUUUGUUGGGUUAUAAAUUAUGGAAGUUGAAAUUAUAUUUUUUAUUUUGAUUUUAUGAAGAAUGAUUAUGUUAUAUUUAUUAUUAGUUUUAUAAUUAUUAUUGCAGCUAUAACUAAAAGUGCUCAAAUUCCUUUUAGUUCUUGAUUACCUGCUGCUAUAGCUGCUCCUACUCCUGUUUCUGCUUUAGUUCAUUCUUCUACUUUGGUUACGGCCGGUGUAUAUUUAUUAAUUCGUUUUAAUUAUUUAUUGAUUGAUAUAUUUUUUUUUAAGGUUUUAUUAUUUUUAUCUAUUUUAACUAUAUUUAUAUCUGGUAUUUCUGCUAAUUAUGAAUUUGAUUUAAAAAAAAUUAUUGCUUUAUCUACAUUGAGUCAAUUAGGUUUAAUAAUAAGAAUUUUAAGAUUAGGGUUUCCUGAUAUUGCUUUUUUUCAUUUAUUAACUCAUGCUAUAUUUAAAGCUUUAUUAUUUAUAUGUGCUGGGGUUAUUAUUCAUAUAAUAAAUGAUAUUCAAGAUAUUCGUUAUAUAGGGGGUUUAUCUUUAUAUAUUCCUUUAACUUCUUUGUGUUUAAAUAUUUCAAACUUAUCUUUGUGUGGUAUUCCUUUUUUAUCUGGAUUUUAUUCUAAAGAUUUAAUUUUAGAAAUGGUUAGUUUUAAUAGUUUUAAUUUGAUAGUUUUUAUUUUAUUUUAUUUAUCUACGGGUUUAACUGUUUUUUAUACUUUUCGUUUAAUUAUAUAUGUUAUAAUUAAUGAUUUUAAUUUGAUAAUAAUUUAUAAUUUAUAUGAUGAAGAUUAUAUUAUGUUAAAUAGAAUAUUUGUUUUAUUAUUUAUAAGAUUAUUAAGUGGUAGUUUUUUAAGUUGAUUUAUUUUUUCUUAUCCUUAUAUAAUUUAUUUACCUUUUAAUUUAAAAUUAAUGGUAAUUUAUGUUAGUAUUUUAGGUUCAAUUUUAGGUUUUAUGGUUAGAAAUAUGGGAAUUUAUAGUUUAAAUAAAUUAUUAUUAAGAUAUAAUUUAAGAAGUUUUUUAUGUUUAAUAUGAUUUAUACCUAAUUUAUCUACUUAUGGUUUAAGUUAUAUUUAUUUAAAUUUUAGACAAAUUUUAUUUAAAAAUAUUGAUAUAGGUUGAAGAGAAAUUUAUAGAGGUAAGGGUAUUUUUAAUAUUUUAAAGAAUUAUUCUGUAUUUUAUAAUAUUUAUCAAAUAAAUAAUUUUAAAAUUUAUUUAUUUAGAUUUAUUUUAUGGUUUAUAAUUUUAUUUAUUUUUUUUUUUAUUUAA